CUUCAGCCCGCAGUUGGCAGCAGGAGGCCGCCGCCAUCUUGGCUAAGGGCGCACGCGGCAGCGUGGGUAACCGCCAGCCCCCGGCCCGGAGCGGCUUCAACCCCGCUGCUCCGAGAAGCGGCGGCCCCGCAGCGCGCCGCCAGCUCCCGCCGGAGCGCGCUCCGACGCUAUGGGGAGGGUCGGGCUGCAGCUGCGCGCCACGCUGGAGAACAUCACCCGCCUGCGGGCCGAGGGCGAGGAUUUCCGCUGGUACCUCAAGCUGAAAUGUGGGAACUGUGGUGAAGUUUCUGAAAAAUGGCAAUACCUGCGAUUAAUGGACAGCGUUCCUCUAAAAGGAGGCAGAGGCAGUGCCACAAUGGUGCAGAAAUGCAAGCUGUGCUCCAGAGAGAACUCCAUUGAUAUUUUAAGUCAGACCAUCAAACCUUACAAUGCUGAAGACAGUGAGAAAUUCAAGACAAUAGUGGAGUUUGAAUGCCGGGGUCUGGAACCAGUUGACUUUCAGCCGCAGGCAGGAUUUGCUGCUGAAGGUGCAGAGUCUGGCACACCUUUCAAUGACAUAAACUUGUUAGAAAAGGAUUGGAAUGACUAUGAUGAAAAAACAAAGGAAUCUGUUGGAAUCUAUGAAGUUACUCAUAAGUUUGUAAAAUGUUAAAGCCUGCACCCCUAACAAACAUUGGCAUGUUCCUCUUCAAUGAAGAAGCUGUAUCAUUAAAGAAGCUAUUUCCCAGGAGUUACUUUUCACAUGGCUAUACUGCAGAAAUGGAAACCUAAGCAAGUUUUAUUUACUGUCACCAGAACAUCUAAUAAAAUAUUUUUUGCAGAACACUUUAAGAUGGCCUCAGUACAAACUGGAAAUCAAAUAUAUGCUUGACUGAACUGUGA